AUGGCCGACAACAAGGACGAACUCGUGCAGCGCGCCAAGCUUGCCGAACAGGUAAACUCAAAAUUCAAAAAGAUUUUGAUUCUAACCUGUUGUUCAUUUCAGGCUGAACGUUACGAUGACAUGGCCGCUUCGAUGAAGAAGGUCACCGAACUCGGCGCCGAGCUGUCCAACGAGGAGCGCAACCUCCUCUCCGUCGCCUACAAGAACGUCGUUGGAGCUCGUCGUUCGUCGUGGCGCGUAAUCUCCUCAAUUGAGCAAAAGACCGAGGGAUCUGAGAAGAAGCAACAGAUGGCCAAGGAGUACCGUGAGAAAGUCGAGAAGGAACUCCGCGAUAUCUGCCAGGAUGUUCUUGUGAGUUUUUCGAAUUGACUUUUAAAAUUUUCAGCAAAAAAUCGUUGUAAGAUAUAUUUAUGAAAUUCCACUUACAGAACCUCUUGGACAAGUUCCUGAUUCCGAAGGCCGGAAACCCCGAAUCUAAGGUCUUCUACCUCAAGAUGAAGGGAGAUUACUACCGUUACCUCGCUGAAGUCGCUUCUGGAGACGAUCGCACUUGUACGUUUACAUCAUAACGAAUCUUCAUGAGGAGUAUAGAAAUAUAGGCUUUUUUUGACUCGGUAUGAGAAAAUGAAUGAACAGCUUUUUUUCUGAAUCAAGUUGAGAAGAAUGCUUUUUGCAUAGUAAGGAUAGAAUAAAUUGUGAAAUCAUCAUGAUUAACAUCAGUUUUUGCGAUUAACUGGUUACCUUGUGUGGAGUGUGUUUCCUGUACUUCUCUCUCUUAGUACUGCACCAAAAGGUUGCUGACGCCGAUCCAAGGCGCGUUUACCGACUGAAAAACGUUCUCAACUGGUCUUUACUGCUAUCUGAAAAAAUUAUUUUGCAAACGAAAAUGCUUAAUUCGAUCAAGAAAUUCAAAAAAAAAUCAUGAAACGUUUUCGCUGCCAAAAAAAAACGCUUUUAUUCAACAAAAAAAAAUUUACUCAAAAAAGUACAGAUCAAGUUAGGAGCUGACAGUCGGGCACACUCUCCAUACAAGUAGCUAGUCAAUUGCUCUAGACCCUUGACGAACUGUCGCAAAGCCUCUGAUUGCAGCUGUUGUCGAGAAGUCGCAGCAGUCCUACCAGGAGGCUUUCGACAUCGCCAAGGAGAAGAUGCAGCCGACGCAUCCCAUCCGCCUUGGAUUGGCUCUCAACUUCUCGGUGUUUUACUACGAGAUUCUCAACGCUCCAGACAAGGCGUGCCAGCUUGCUAAGCAGGUCAGCACACGUUUCUUCUUUUUUCAGCGAGUUCGGAGGCCGGUCAGUCUGCCUACAGUGAGGCUCUGGACAUUGCUAAAGACCAGCUUCUGCCCACGCAUCCAGUGCGGCUUGGGCUAGCUCUCAACUACUCGGUCUUCUUCUAUGAAGUCGCUGCGAGUCCCGACCGCGCUUGCCAGCUCGCCAAGCAGGUCUUCUUGCCGAGGCCAUGGCAACCGCCGGAUAAAGCGGAACCGGAUUAGCCGUUGCGCUGUAAUUAUAGGUGUUUGCACUUUAUGGCGAGAGCAUCAGGCAAAUCCUCCCUUAAAGUUCAUCAAGAACAGAUUUCAUUUUUUUUUCAAUAAGAAGCCAGCUAAAGUGCAAAACUUUUUUUUGAUUCUUUUGUCUCUAUAUUUGAAGAGGCUGAUUAGAAAAUUCCAGGCGUUCGAUGACGCUAUCGCUGAGCUUGACACGCUCAACGAGGACUCUUACAAGGACUCGACGCUGAUCAUGCAGCUUCUGCGAGACAACCUCACCCUGUGGACUUCGGACGCUGCCACCGACGACACGGACGCCGCCGAGCCUGAAGGCGGAAACUAA